AUGCCGUCUAUAAAUCCAGAAAGCUUUAAGAAAUCAUGGCCUAGAUGCUUCGUGAUAUUUCUUGGUAUUGUUGAAGUUGUGGCUGCUAUUGUUCUUAUAAUUACUGAAUUGGGUAAUGUCGGAGCAAAUUUUUGGACAACAAAUGUAUUUGCUGGUGGUUGGUGUGGUCUGAUAAUGAUUAUACAUUUCUUUGGAUUAUUUGUUGCUGGAUGUUGUGCACCAGGUCCACCAGCUGCUUUCCGUGCAGUUGUAAUAACAGUAAUAGCUCUCUUAGCUUGCGGUGCAUUGAUUGGAUUUGAUGCUUAUUUUAUUGCACAACCAACAACAUGCAUAUUAACAUCAUCAUGCAGUUCUAAUGCUGCAUCAACAACAGUGUUCAGUUAUUCUUUUCGAACCAGUUUUUUUACAGCAUUCAAUAGUCUUAGUGCAUUUAAAAGUUAUUCGGAAUCGCAAACGAAAUAUCUCUUUCAAACAAUUCAAUUAAGUAUUGGUUGUUUAUGCUUCGUACUUUGUAUUAUCUAUAUGGUUAUUUAUUAUGUAACACGAAACAAAUCUUUAGGAAAUGUAGCACCUCAUGAAAAUCCACGAACAUCCAAUUUUCAACAACAACAACAACAACAACAACGUGGGGCUCAACAACAACAACAAGGUCAAACUCAAUGGAAUGCCAAUAGAAGAUACUAA